AGUGUUAUAUUCACCUGGUGAUGUUGAUAGUCAAACGUUACUUAAUCUGAACCUUUCAAAUUAGCUGUUUGUACAUUACCACAGAGCACUUCUUCAGAUUGUUAUUAGGUACUGUAUAAAGGUGUCCUUUUCUGAAGAAAUGUAAGCAAGUUAAUUUCUUGAUAGAUUCACCUCACGUAAAAUAAUUUUGAACUGUUUUAAUUAUUCUUGAAGCACGUAAAACAUGUUUAUUGGUGGUUUUCUGUCUCCAUGUCCAUACUGACCUUCUCUCUUCCUCCAGAGUCUGUGAGGCUUGUGGAGGGAGCUGGUCUGUGUUCUGGCAGAGUGGAGGUGAGGUAUGAUCAGUCGUGGGUCUCAGUGUGUGAAGCUGACUUUGACAGGCUGGAUGCAGAGGUGGUCUGUCGGCAGCUUGGCUGUGGGGCUCCUUCAGCCCUCCAGGAGGCGCUCUAUGGAGAAGGGAAAGGUCCACUCUGGGAUAAAGAGUUCCAGUGUGGAGGCAAGGAGUCCCGUCUCCUGGCCUGUGACACCUCAGACUCGGCUAGAAACACCUGCUCACCUGGCAAUGCUGUUGGACUCACCUGCUCAGGUUUUGAUGUGAGGUUGGUGGAUGGAGGUAGUCGCUGUGUUGGCAGAGUGGAGAUCAAACACCAGGAAGAGUGGAGACUACUGUACAGUUUAAUUUGGAAUGUAAAGCAUGCAGCUGUAGUAUGCAGACAGCUGGACUGUGGAUCUGGAAUUUCAACAAAAAUUUAUGUUGGUGAUGGAGAUCUUCCUGCAUGGGGGUUUACAUCUUACUGUGCUGGGACUGAGUCUUCUCUGAGGGAGUGUGGAACAGUAAAAGAUUAUGUCAGCACUUAUGCUGUCAUGGAGGUGAUCUGCUCAGAGUCUGUGAGGCUUGUGGAGGGAGCUGGUCUGUGUUCUGGCAGAGUGGAGGUGAGGUCUGAUCAGUCGUGGGUCUCAGUGUGUGAAGCUGACUUUGACAGGCUGGAUGCAGAGGUGGUCUGUCGGCAGCUUGGCUGUGGGGCUCCUUUAGCCCUCCAGGGGGCGCUCUAUGGAGAAGGGAAAGGUCCACUCUGGGAUAUAAAGUUCCAGUGUGGAGGCAAGGAGUCCCGUCUCCUUGACUGUGACACCUCAGACUCAGCUAGAAACACCUGCUCACCUGGCAAUGCUGUUGGACUCACCUGCUCAGGUUCGGAUGUGAGGUUGGUGGAUGGAGGUAGUCGCUGUGCUGGCAGAGUGGAGAUCAAACACCAGGAAGAGUGGAGACAACUGAAAAUUAGUUCUAUCUGGAGCAUUAAUCAUGCAGCUGUAGUCUGCAGAGAGCUGGACUGUGGAUCUGCUGUUUCAACAAGACAAUAUCGUGGUGAUGAAGAUCGUCCUUUAUGGGAGUUUUCAUCUCACUGUGCUGGGACUGAGUCUGCUCUGAGGGAGUGUGAAUACUGGAGGAACAAGUUCAACACUUCCUCUGUCACAGAAGUGAUCUGCUCAGAUCUCCUGUUGCAGCCUGGUGUCUCCCUGUCUUCCUCCAUGCUAGGGGUCUCCCAGGACCAGCAGCAGGGGCUGCAGGUGUUGAGGGACCACAGCUUCACCAUCACCUGCUCCAUCCAGCCACAGUACUCAGGAGGCUCCUUCCACCUCACCUUCACUGGCUCCAACAAAACCCUGACACACACCCUCACAGCUGCCAGUCACUCUGCCAACUUCCUGUUUCCUGCUGCAGACCACGCCCACCAAGGGAACUACAGCUGUGUUUAUGAAGUCUAUGUUUUCUCUCAUAACUUCACCUCUGAGAGUCAGCUCCUCUCUCUCACUGUUGCAGCCAAUCCUCUGCCAGCUUUCAUCAUCAGAGUGGUGUUGGUGUUGGUGUUGCUGACUCUGCUGACGUCCAGCACUGCCCUCUAUCUGUACUUCAAGACCACCAAGAAGCCUGCAGAGAGGGGGAGCAUGGAGCUGGCCUCCCUGCAUUGCAGUGCUGAAGCUGGGCCAGGAGAGGAGAGAGCAGCCCCAGAGGAUGGAGCAGGAGGAGAGUGCUGUCUAGACGCUGAUCUGAGGUCAGUCAUGGAGUCCCUGCCAAUGGUGACUGACAGCACUGAGGGAAGCUAGUCUGCUCCUAGAUCUGCUAGCAACACCAUUUAAAAAAAAGAUUCUAAUUCCUUUAUUUUUCAAAUGAUCAUUUUAUGAAUCAAACCUUUUCUUCACUUAUCAACACAUUUUAGUGUGAUAACAGUUAAUUUUGUUAUGAUUGUUUUUAUUGUAAAAGUGUAAAAAAAAAGAGUCAUUUUUUCCCCCACUGCUUUUUUUAAUCGCAAUUGUCAUGGCAACAGCAGUUGAGUGUUUAAUACUUCAUUUUUUGUACCUUACUGAUAUUUUUCUUCUCUUAAGUGUUUUUUGAUGUCGUUUUUAAUAGGAAUAAGAUUUUCGGUUUUCGGUUCAGAAUAAGAUUACGAGGGGUGGUGUGUUAAGAGGGCAAAUAGUUAUGAGGAAGCUAUGAGGGAGCUAGUCUGAUCCUGGAUCUGCUAGCGACACCAUUUACAAAUUCCUUUAUUUUUACAAUUAUUUUAUGAAUAAAGCUUGUUUUGUUUUUAUUGUUUUUAUUGUAAAAGUGUAAAAAAAAAUGUUUUUUUUAAUCGCAAUUGUCAUGGCAACAGCAGUUGAGUGUUUAAUACUUAAUUUUUUGUACCUUGUUUUUUGAUGUAGUUUUUAAUAGGAAUAAGAUUUUCGGUUCAGAAUAAGAUUACGAGGGGUGGUGUGUUAA